GAGUGACGUAGGCGGAAGCUGGGGAACUAGGUGCGUGAAUCCAGAACCACAAGCUGGCAUUUCAUUGUACCUUAUCGAGAAAUUCAAAGAAGAGAAACAGAAAGAAAUGGCUGAUUCACCAGUAGACAAGCCCCAGAAUCUGUUGAAAUUCAAGGAUGUGGCUGUGGACUUCCCUCAGGAGGAAUGGGAAUGCCUGGACUCUGCUCAGAGGGCUUUGUACAUUGAUGUGAUGCUAGAGAAUUACAGAAACCUGGUCUCUGUUGGUGAGAACAUUUUGCUUUAGGAACUAUCAACUCCUUUUUUAGAACUACUGCAUAAUUGAUACUGUCCAUCAACAUGUGAAGACGGAAAAGGAGUCUUACCAUUUUAACGAACUUGGUGAAAUGGUUCAUGGUGCUUCCAACUGUGCACUUUAUAAAACAAGUGACACUACAGAAACGUCUAAUAACUACAGAUGCUGUAGGGACAGGGAUGCCUCUGUUGACUCAUCAGACCGAGAUAUGUAUAAAAGCACACCCACUGGAGAAGAACCUUGUGAGUCUAGAGACUGUGAGAAAUCUUUAACUUUGUUUUCCGACAUUAGUCAGGAUCAGACACUCUACGCUACAAAGAAAGAGCAGAGACAGGGUGGAUAUGAUGACUAUUUCAGCUCUGCAUACAGUCUCAUGCAACAAACAGUCUACAUCAAAGAGAAGCCACACCAGUGUGGGAAAUGUGGGAAAUGCUUCAGCACUUCCUCAAGCCUCACUGUACACCAGAGAAUUCAUACUAGAGAGAAACCCUACAAGUGCAAUGUUUGUGACAAAUCUUUUACCCAGUGCACACAUCUUAAAAUUCAUCAAAGACGUCAUACUGGUGAGAAACCUUACAAAUGCAAAGAAUGUGGAAAAUCAUUUGUUCAGUUGUCAGCACUUAAAAGUCAUCAGAAAUUGCAUACUGGAGAGAAGCCUUACAAAUGUAAGGAGUGUGAUAAAUCCUUUGCCCACUAUCCUAAUUUCAGGACACAUCAGAAAAUCCAUACUUUGGAGGAACAUUGUAGUUGCCCAGAAUGUGGCAGAGAAUUUCAUCAGCUUUCACACUUUAGAAAACAUUACAGACUCCAUACUGGAGAGAAGCCUUACAAAUGCAAUGAGUGUGACAGGUCCUUUACCCACUAUGCAUCAUUAAGAUGGCAUCAGAAAACUCAUUCUCCAGAGAUAUCAUAUGAAUGCAAAGAAUGUGGUAAGUCUUUUAUUGAAUUAUCACAUCUUAAAAGGCAUUACAGAAUCCAUACUGGAGAAAAGCCUUAUAAAUGUGAGAUAUGUAACAAAUCCUUUACUACGACCACAACUCUUAAAACACAUCAGAAAAUUCACACUGGAGAGAAACCUUACAAAUGUAAGGAAUGUGACAAAUCCUUUAUUCAUAGUUCACAUCUUAAAAGACAUCAGAGUGUUCAUACUGGAGAGAGACCUUACAAAUGUAAGGAAUGUGAUAAAUCUUUUUGUGAGAGUUCAACUCUUAGAGAACAUGAGAAAAGUCAUACAGGAGAGAAAACUUAUAAAUGUAAAGAAUGUGGCAAGUGUUUUACCCAGCGUGCGUAUCUUAGAAAUCAUCAUAACAGAGUUCAUACUGGAAAGAGACCUUAUGAAUGUAAGGAAUGUGGCAAAUCUUUUACUACCUGCUCAACUCUUAAAAUACAUCAGACAACUCAUACUGGAAAGAAACCCUACAAAUGUAUGGAAUGUGAGAAAUCCUUUACUCAUAAUUCAUAUCUUAGAACACAUCAGAAAAUUCAUACUGGAAAGAAACCUUACAGAUGUGAGGAAUGUGACAAGACUUUUACUAGCUGUUCAACUCUAAAAGCACAUCAGAAUAUUCAUACUGGAGAGAAACCUUACAAAUGUAUGGAAUGUGACAAAUCCUUUACCCAGGCCUCACAUCUUAGAACACAUCAGAGAGUUCAUACUGGAGAGAGACCUUAUAGAUGUACAGAAUGUGACAAAUCUUUUACUAGGUGUUCUCACCUUAGAGAACAUCAGAAAAUUCAUACUGGAGAGAAACCUUACAAAUGCAGAGACUGUAGCAUAUCAUUUAACCAGAUUUCAAAUCUCAGAAGACAUCAGAAACUUCAUACUGGAGAGAAACCUUACAAAUGUAUGGAAUGUGACAAGACUUUUACUCAUAACUCAAAUUUUAGAACACAUCAGAGAGUUCAUACUGGAGAGAAACCUUAUAGAUGUACAGAAUGUGACAAAUCUUUUACUAGGUACUCCUACCUUAGAGCGCAUCAGAAAAUUCAUACUGGAGAGAAACCUUAAAAAUGUAUUGAAUAUGACAAAUCUUAUGCCCAGGCCUCACAUCUUAAAAGACAUCAGAGAAUUCAUACUGGAGAUAAUGCAGCAUAGCAUUUAUCCAGUGUUCUCUCUGUUUACAAAUCCUAACCAUAUUUAUAAAAGAAAAUUAAAAAUAAGAAACAUGGGAAACGCUUUAAUGAACUUUUAGAUCUCAUAAAAUAAUGCUAAAAUAAAAUUUUGCCUAUUGUGUCAAAAGCUUCUCUCUCCCCUCCUGCCUCUGCCCACUUGCAAGUGUGUGUGUGUGUGUGUGUGUGUGUGUGUGUGUGUGUGUGUGUGUGUGUGUGUGUGUGUGUGUGUGUGUGUGUGUGUGUGUGUGUAUGUUGGGAAUUGAACUCCAAUACUCUGAAAAAACAGCUAGAGGUUUUAUCUACUAGGCCACCUCUCUAGCCCCUGGGAAAGGUGCAAUAAAACCUUUGUUCGACAUUUGAAAAUACAUAAUUCCAGGCAAGGUAGUACACACCAUUAAUCCCAGCACUCAAGAGGCAAAGGCAAGAUCUUUGUGAAUCAGAGGUCAUCCUGGUCUAAAUAGUGAGUUCCAGGGCAGCCUGAACUACAUCUCCUCUAUCUCAAAAAAUAAUAAUAAUUAUAAAAUGUAAUGUCAUUAAAUAUGUAUCAAAGACACAUAUUUAGUUUUGCUGUGAUUCACAAAGUUCAUACUUCUAAUAAACCAUAUAAAGGUAUGGCAUAUGU